ACUAUUAUUGAACAGAUAGUCUACUGAGGCUCAGAGAGGUUAAGUAAUUUGCUUGAGAUUGCCCAGCUGGUCCAUGACAGAAUUGGGGUUUGAACACCCAUGUUGCCUGACUCCCUCUAGAUUAUGAAUGAAACUGAGGUGGCAGAUGGGACCUUAGCUCCUUCUUUGCUUGUGUCUGGCAGCAGCAAAGGAUGAAUAGAGGAAAGCCAGGCAGCAGGUCCACUGCUCACAGGAAUCCCGGACAACCCCAUGUAAAUCCCCGAGUGUGAUUCAGGCAUUUCUCCUGGUGUGGGGAGAAUCUACGGAGAAGGGCAGGGGAUGCCUGGCAUUGUUUUCAUUUUCAAAUGUGACAGAGAAUCCCGUGGAGGCAGGAGAUGGACAGGUGCUGCCUGUCCAUGAUUUCAGGGCUGGGUGGAGGCCGGAGCAGCCUGCCAAGAGACCCUGCACCCCAGAGUGGUUUGGCCAAUGCUGGGCUGGGAGUGGUCCUUCCUGACCCUCAGCUGAGUGUCCAAGGGAGGAGGGACUUAUACAUGAGCCUCCUCCUCUUCGACUCUCUCAGAAUUCUGUGUUGGCACUUUCCUCUUCACAAUGAAGGAGUGCCUGGCUUUUCCUUAGCAGAGAAAACACAUAGCAAAGACAUCAAAAGUGUGGGAUUCUGGAGCUCACCUGUUGGGGUUCACAUCUCAGCACUGUUGCUUAUGAGUUUUGUGGCCUUGGUCAAGUUGCUACACGUCUCCGUUCCUUGGUUUCCCCAUUUUUAGAAUGGGGGUAUUCCUGACACCUUCUUCACUGGGUUGGUAAGAGAAUUAGGUGUGUUCAUGUGCAUAAAGCACUUCAGUGGUGCCAUGUAAUACCUAAAAGUGUUAAGAGUCCAUUGUUAUUGUUGUUGCUAUUAAGGUCAAACAAUCCCAGCUCUGUAUCCUUUCUCUGCCACCUGCAAAUUGCCCAGCCUCUGCAGGCUUCUUGUUUUCUCAUCUGUAAAGUGAGAGUAGGUCUGGUUAGAUAUAGUGUGUGCCCCAAAGUCUUACUGCAGUCUCAAGCUUUAAAUAGUCUGAGACUUGAAGUCUCAGUGUGGACCUGUAUAAACUUCUGAUACUCUGCUAGACACUCAGCAAACGCUGGCCAUUGCCACGAGUGUCACUAGUGUGGAUGAUAUUGCUGCUACACAAUGCAGCUUGAACUUUGUGCUCUGGCUUUGUUCUGACGAGCAUGGAUUUGGGACAGUUUUCAAUCAGAUGUUUUCUGGAGGGACAGAAAGCUUAGGGUUGGAACCCCAGCUCUUGCCCUUAGAACCGAGAGACCUUGGGCAUCGGCUUCCUUAUCUGCAAAAUGGCCAUUCGUUCUAUUUGCCAGUAUCUGUUUCUCAGGAUGAAUGUCAGGAUGGAAAUGUGGAGAAAAGAAGGAAAAAAGCAGAUGGUAUAAAUUGCAAAGAAUUACAUACAAUUGUAAGUAAUUCUCAUUAGCAUUCAGGCUGGGAAUUAGCUAUAAUUGCUCCUGAUCCAAGAUGUUUUAUCUGAAAGAUGUACCUGGCAGAGGAUCAUUCAAGCCCCAGUCACCUGCUGCCCUCCCUUUCACAGUGACGCUGAGCAUUUCUGAAUCUCGGGAUGUAAUUAUAAUAAAGCUCCCAUAUCUCCUUUAUAAGUGACUCACUUCUGCCAUUAAUGGUUGUAGAGGACUAAGACGCAUACUCUUCGGGAGCAAUGCUGCUGAUGCUGUCGGAGGGGGGGCCAGGAUGCCUUGCCUCUUUUAUGCAUUCAUCCUCACUGCUGUAAUUCUCCAGUGAUAAUGCAGGGGGAUCACAUGGGCCAGGAUCGAAGCUGACAGCUCUCAAUUUAUGCAACAGCUUGGAUGGCAAGGGCCAUUGAAACUUGCUGUUGCCAGCAGAAUGCAUGUUAGAAACUAUCACAUCCCAACAGAGGAAUGAGCAGAAGAGGUUGAGGAAGCUGCCCCCAGGGAGUACUUAAAAGCACAGACUCCAAUGUCCAACAGACCUGAGUUUGAAUCUUAGUUCUGCCAGUGUAUUCGUUGAGGUGUGAUUUCUGGCUGUCUUUCCAACCAUAAUAUCAGCUCUAAUAGAGCAGGCAGCACAUUUGUUUUAUUCACCAAGACAUUCACAGCUCCUAGCACGUAGAAGGUAUUCAUGAAUGUCUAUGGAAUGGAUGAAUAUGUGAAUGACAAAUUGCUUAAUUGGGCCUCAGCUUUCUUAUCUGUAAAAUGAGGCUAAUAUAGCACCCACCUUACAGGUUGCUGUGAGGUCUGAAUGAAGAAAUGUUAUGAACAGAAUAAACAUUCAGCAAUGCCCUUGAUGAUAAAUAGAUGGGCAUAAGCAAGCAAGUUGGCUUAGUCUGGGACAUUUAACUUUUUUCCCACCCUUGGACCAACAAGGGACAAAAAUACUAGUUGUAAGAAUCUCCUGUAUUUAUACAGCACUCUGCAAAGUGCUUUCUUAUCCAUUGACUUCUAACAAGUAGGCAGAAAUUAUUAUCCAUGUUUUAUAAGAGAAGAAACAGGUUCAGAGGGGUUGGUGAAAUAAGUUACAGAGUUUAGAAGCAGCAGAAAUUGGAAUAUAAAUCCAGGUUGCUCUGAUUUCUAAAUAGCAGCUAUUACACUGAGCUUUCCAUUGCCCUCUAGAGAGUGGAAGGUGUAGUGUUUAGUCUUCCAUGAACAUGGUAUCUCUCUACUUAUUUAGGAUAUUUUUAACAUCUUUAAUAUCUCGUGACAUGGCUUCCUAAUUUUCAUUUUGUGUUUUUUUAUAUCUUUUGUUAUAUAUAUUUCUAUUAUUUGAUAAUUUGUAUGCUAUUAUACAUUUUUGAUAGAAAAAUUCGUGUUCUGUUGGUUACUUGUUGGAGAAAUAUGCUUGGCUUUUGCAUAUUGAUUUUGUAUCCAGAAAUCUUGUUAAACUGUCUUACUAAUUCAAAAAAAUGUAUUUGUAGAUUCUUUUGAAAACACCGUAUACAAUUGUAAGAGGUACAAAUAACAGUUUUGUUUCUUCCUCUCUAAUCCUUGUAUUCUUUCCUUUUUAUUCUUGCCUUACUACCCUUCUAAGACCUUAGUACAAUAAUGAAUUGAAGAAUGGCCAGGCACGGUGACUCACACCUGUAAUCCCAGCACUUUGGGAGGCCGAGGUGGGUGGAUCACCUGAGGUCGGGAGUUUGAGACCAGCCUGGCCAACAUGGCAAAACCUCAUCUCCACUAAAACUACAAAAAUUAGCCAGGCAUGGUGGUGCAUGCCUGUAGUCCCAGCUACUUGGGGGGCUGAGGCAGGAGAAUUGCUUGAACCUGGGAGGCAGAGGUUGCAGUGAGCCGAGAUUGCACCACUGCACUCCAGCCUGGGUGACAGAGUGAGACUCUGUCUCAAAAAAACAAAACAAAAAGACGGUGGACAUCUAGCCUUUUACAGCUCUUAUGGGAGAGCUGUCCACAUUUGAUAAUGAGGUAUCAUGUUUACUCUAGGUUUUUGGUAGAUACUCUCUAUCAGAUUAAAGAAGUUCCUUUCUAUUCCCAGUUUGCUGAGUGUUUCUUUUCUUUUUAGUUAUAAAUGGAAAUAGAGUUUUAACAGAUGCUUGUUCUGCAUCUGCCCAGAUGGUCACAUGAUUUUUCUUUUUCAAUCCGUUAACAUGAUGCAUGACAUCGACUUCUGCAUUUCUGGAAUAAACCCAAUUUGAGUCAUCCUGUAGCAUCUUUAUUUCCAGCUUAUAUUUACAAACCCUUUUGUUUAGGAUUUUAAAAUCAUGAGUUCAUGAGUGCUGUUCACCAGUGAUUUCGUUUCUCAUGCUUACUUUUCAGGCUUUGGUAUCAAGGUUAUGCUGGCCUCACAAAAUGAUGUGGGCAAGAGUCCCACUUUUCUGUUCUCUGGAAGAGAUUGCACAAGAUGGGCGUUGUUCUUCCUUGAGUGUUCAAUGCAACUCACCAGUGAGGCCCCCAGUGGAUGGAUGCUAACGUGGAGGGUAGGGAGGAAAGCCAGUUUUGAAGGAGGAACUUGCUACCAAUCAGAGGCUCAGCCUGCCUCUGGUGGAAGUAAACAGAGACUGCGAACCUGUCUGUCCUGAGUACCAUGGGGAGAGCCCAGCCUUGGACUCUGGAUGAGAGUUCUUCUAACCAGACAUCCAGAUGAAGGGGACUCAGCCUAGGGUGAAACCUUAAUAUCUGCUGAAGUCUCCAUCUGCUUCUACAAUUGCAGCUGCUUCAGACAGUAUACCUGUAUAUUGUUAUUUCCUGGUGGCCACAGAUUGAGGGACAGUCAGAUUCCAUUGACCAUUCCUGUGCCAGUUUUUAGGCCAGGCUCUCCUUCUCUGUCAUGUUAUCAGUUUUUGUGGAAUCUCCAUAUUAUGACCUAAGGGCCAUGCCCCUUUCUGCCAAUUCACCUUUUCCCUACCCCCAGGAUAACUAGAUUUGAGCAAUUUUCUCGGCUGGAAUCUUGCCUCAGUCCUCUUUUUAAUAAAGUGCCAGGCACUGUCCUAACUUGAAUUAUCUCUCUUAACUCCCUUAACAAUGCUAUGAGGUAGUUACUGUUAUUCCAAUUAUUCAGAUAGGAAAACAAGGUUUCUCACUGUCGUUAGUUUAAUGGUUUCAUAUUUUAGACUAAAUUAUCGCUCUGUAACCUAUUUGGGUUUUGAAGAAAGAUAAAAGUCUAAAUUAAUUUUCCUUCUCACAUACUUAACCAAUGGUCCUCAUCCUGUUCCCCUUCCUGUUUAUUAAAUCUUUCUUCCUUUCUUCCCCACCUUUCUUUCCUACGUCACCUGCAGCAGCACUAAAUUGCAAUAUAUCUUUGGAGGCAGAGCCACCAAAUCACACUCAACUCCAGGGAACACCAUUUGCACAGUUCUGUAUCUUGGGCCUCAGGGCACGUAACCUGGAAACCCAGUCAUUGACAGUAGAUCUCUUUCUGAACUGUCUGUUCUGAUCUGUUGAACCAUCUGCCAAUUCUAAUAACUAUCAGACAGGGCCAUGGCAAAAAACAGAGGGCACAUCCCAACUGGGUGAUUGAGAAAGGUUUUGAUAAAGAGCCUGUUACCUUGUAUAGACCUUUUGGUCUGGUGAGCUAACAUGGGAUAGUGCAGUACCCUAGAGUAUCAAUGGGAAGAGGAGAGUUGUUUCUGCCUUCAAGUUUGGAGGAGCAAGAGAAGGGAAUAAACACUCAAUGUCAUUCUCCUCCUGCCCUGCCUGUGGCCAAACCCAAGAGAAGGGAAUAAACACUAAAUGUCAUUCUCCUCCUGCCCUGCCUGUGGCCAAACCCAAUCAGAAGUGGGUGGACAGCAAGAGAGCCUUUGAUGUGGUUCAGGGGCACAGAGCACAGGAGGAGGACCGGAGAUCUGUGCCAUGCUGGUUUGAUGAUUGUUUGUAUAGGUUGUAUUUUAAUAGCUAACAAAGGCAUCUGCUUUCCCUUCUUUUUUCAUUUCUUUCAAACUUUUCCAGGCAAUUUUCACUUGGUUUGCUCUUUCAAGAGUGUUCCUUUUAUUUACUUGCUAGCUUUUCUUUGUUCCUGGAGAGAAUCACUAAUCAUCAUUAAAUAAGUACAUCCUGCUGCCCCUUGCCCUUGGCCCCGGUGAGGCACAAUUCCACCACCAGCCCACACCUGUGGUCUGGAGAGUCUGUGGACGUGAUUGUUGAUCCCAGGCUCAUAUGGGAAGCCUGGUUUUCUUUCCUCUGUCCUUGGUGUCUGACUACUUGAGUGGCGGGGCCACCCUGAUGAGCCUAACAUGGGCCUCUGGUAGGGUCUGCAUUCAUAACAGAGCGCCUGGCACUUCAUGGUGCUCACAAACCUUUGAAUGGAACGGCUUUCCAGGCAUCUUGAAAGUGGUAAGAAACACUGGGCAAGGAUAAGUUAUUUUCCCUGUUGUAUCAGGAGCUCAAUAAAUAUUUUUCAGUUGUUUAUUGAUUGAUUCUCACAGCAGCGGGUUUCACCAAGCCUUGAAAACCUCCAUUAACAAGCCAGGAACUCAAGAUGGAGUUUUCUCCCACUGGUCUCUCCUGUAGGGGGCGGUGGGAAGGGCCGAUAAAUAGCACUCCUCUGCCCAGCCUGAGCUCUGUACCAAUCGAGAAUGAAGACAAAAGGCAAGACAAGGCAGCUGGAGAACAAAAUGUCAUGGUUAUUACUAAUCAGAGUGACAGUGGAGCGUGUGGGCUCGCAAAUGCUGAAGGCCAGGAUGGGCUGAGUUGCCCACUCAGAUACAGGCAGUGCUGGGCUCUGCAGGAGGUGGCCCCUCCCUGUCCUUCCUGGAGAGAGUGGAAAGGACGCAUGCUCCCCGCAGGCACGCUGGCUCCCAAAAGAAGGGACUGAGUUAUACUUACUUACCUAUUUCAUCUCUCAGAUUCACUCAUAGAUACGGUCACCAUGCAAGGAACCAGGGCAGGAGCCAUUGAGGAGCUGGGGAGAGCCCUGGGUUAUAAGGUGAUGAUGCUCCCAUCGAGUGGCAGGAUAUAUGAUGAAUGGGCAAGAAGCAUUUUCCUCUCCUUGGUGGGGGAGUGCAGGGAGUGAGCCAUAACUGGCGGCUGCUCUUGCGCCAAUGAGCCUCCCCAAUUCCUCCUGCCUCUUAGAAGACAAGAUGUGUGAGGGCAACAAGACCACUAUGGCCAGCCCCCAGCUGAUGCCCCUGGUGGUGGUCCUGAGCACUAUCUGCUUGGUCACAGUAGGGCUCAACCUGCUGGUGCUGUAUGCUGUACGGAGUGAGCGGAAGCUCCACACUGUGGGGAACCUGUACAUCGUCAGCCUCUCGGUGGCGGACCUGAUCGUGGGUGCCGUCGUCAUGCCUAUGAACAUCCUCUACCUGCUCAUGUCCAAGUGGUCACUGGGCCGUCCUCUCUGCCUCUUUUGGCUUUCCAUGGACUAUGUGGCCAGCACAGCGUCCAUUUUCAGUGUCUUCAUCCUGUGCAUUGAUCGCUACCGCUCUGUCCAGCAGCCCCUCAGGUACCUUAAGUAUCGUACCAAGACCCGAGCCUCGGCCACCAUUUUGGGGGCCUGGUUUCUCUCUUUUCUGUGGGUUAUUCCCAUUCUAGGCUGGAAUCACUUCAUGCAGCAGACCUCAGUGCGCCGAGAGGACAAGUGUGAGACAGACUUCUAUGAUGUCACCUGGUUCAAGGUCAUGACUGCCAUCAUCAACUUCUACCUGCCCACCUUGCUCAUGCUCUGGUUCUAUGCCAAGAUCUACAAGGCCGUACGACAACACUGCCAGCACCGCGAGCUCAUCAAUGGGUCCCUCCCUUCCUUCUCAGAAAUUAAGCUGAGGCCAGAGAACCCCAAGGGGGAUGCCAAGAAACCAGGGAAGGAGUCUCCCUGGGAGGUUCUGAAAAGGAAGCCAAAAGAUGCUGGUGGUGGAUCUGUCUUGAAGUCACCAUCCCAAACCCCCAAGGAGAUGAAAUCCCCAGUUGUCUUCAGCCAAGAGGAUGAUAGAGAAGUAGACAAACUCCACUGCUUUCCACUUGAUAUUGUGCCCAUGCAGACUGCGGCAGAGGGGAGUAGCAGGGACUAUGUAGCCGUCAACCAGAGCCAUGGCCAGCUCAAGACAGAUGAGCAGGGCCUGAACACACAUGGGGCCAGCGAGAUAUCAGAGGAUCAGAUGUUAGGUGAUAGCCAAUCCUUCUCUCGAACAGACUCAGAUACCACCACAGAGACAGCACCAGGCAAAGGCAAAUUGAGGAGUGGGUCUAACACAGGCCUGGAUUACAUCAAGUUUACUUGGAAGAGGCUCCGCUCGCAUUCAAGACAGUAUGUAUCUGGGUUGCACAUGAACCGCGAAAGGAAGGCCGCCAAACAGUUGGGUUUUAUCAUGGCAGCCUUCAUCCUCUGCUGGAUCCCUUAUUUCAUCUUCUUCAUGGUCAUUGCCUUCUGCAAGAAUUGUUGCAAUGAACAUUUGCACAUGUUCACCAUCUGGCUGGGCUACAUCAACUCCACACUGAACCCCCUCAUCUACCCCUUGUGCAAUGAGAACUUCAAGAAGACAUUCAAGAGAAUUCUGCAUAUUCGCUCCUAAGGGAGGCUCUGAGGGGAUGCAACAAAAUGAUCCUUAUGAUGUCCAACAAGGAAAUAGAGGACGAAGGCCUGUGUGUUGCCAGGCAGGCACCUGGGCUUUCUGGAAUCCAAACCACAGUCUUAGGGGCUCGGUAGUUUGGAAAGUUCUUAGGCACCAUAGAAGAACAGCAGAUGGCGGUGAUCAGCAGAGAGAUUGAACUUUGAGGAGGAAGCAGAAUCUUUGCAAGAAAGUCAGACCUGUUUCUUGUAACUGGGUUCAAAAAGAAAAAAAUAAUAAAAAUAAAAGAGAGAGAGAAUCAGACCUGGGUGGAACUCUCCUGCUCCUCAGGAACUAUGGGAGCCUCAGACUCAUUGUAAUUCAAGCUUUCCGAGUCGAGUGAUUGACAACUGAAGAGACACGUGGCUAGGGUUCCACUGGAGAAUUGAAAAGGACUCUUGAGCCCUCCUGGAAUGGAGCUGUAUAACUGUGCAGAGACUUUAUCCAUGCGAAUAGUUGCUGUCCCCUUCCAGGGGUCACCUUGAGAGGCAUGACAGCUGUUCCACAGGGGCUACCCCUUCUCAGAAAACUUCUCUUCUGAGCCUCUUUUAUAGCUUUCUCCAGAACCAGUGUCUGAACCACCCUGGAAAUUCUGCCUUAUUAUUUCUUACUCAAACAUGUUUAGAGUGGAUAGAAAAUUAUGCAGCUUGCACACCCAUCGUCUUUAACCCCAAAUUUCCUUUGGUUAUUAAAAUAGUGGUGGCAAAAGGCAUCCUCAAAAGAAAGAGAAAUGAAAUAUUUUUGAAUGGUUGCACGUUAAAAAUUAAAAGAAGGAAUGGGGGCAGAAUGCCAUAUUUUUGAGGGCUGUACUAGGUUUAUCUCAUUUAAGCCCCACAACACCCCACAGGAGGGUAAUUUUCUAACUCUAGUUUGCAGAGGAGCAAAUUGAGGUUCAGCAAGGUGAGAGAGGUACCCAAGGUCACAUAGCUAGUUAUGUGAGAAAGUUAGAGUACAAAUCCUCUGGGGUUUCAGCUUAUUGUAGCAUAUUUUCUCCGAAAGGCAAAAAUGUGCCCUUUUGGCCAGGCAUGGUAGCUCAAGCCUAUAAUCCCAGCAUGUUGGGAGGCUGAGGUGGGCAGAUCAUUUGAGGCCAGGAGUUCAAGACCAGUCUGGCCAAUAUGGAGAAACCUUGUCUCUACUAAAAACACAAAAAUUAUCUGGGCAUGGUGGGGCAUGCCUGUAGUCCCAGUUACUUGGGAGGCUGAGGCACGAGAAUCGCUUGAACCCGGGAGGUGGAGGUUGCCGUGAGCCAAGAUCAUGCCGCUGCACUCCAGCCUGGGCAACAGAGCAAGACUCUGUCUCAAAAAAAAAUAAAUACAAUAUUUUAACAAUAUGCCCUCUUAAGUGUGCACAGAUACACAUACACAGUAUUCCCAAGAGUGGUGGCAGCUCAGAAUAAUAUGUUGAGUAGACGAACAGCUGACAUGGAGUUCCCGUGCACCUACGGAAGGGGAUGCUUUGAAGGAACCAAGUGCAUUUUUAUCUGUGAGUUCUGUUGUGUUUGUCAAAAAGUCAUUGUAAUCUUUCAUAGCCAUACCUGUUAAGCAAAAACUAGUAAAGACAUAGGAACAUGUAGUUUUACUUGGUGUUUAUGUUGCAAUCUGGUUGUGAUUUAUAUUUUAAAACUUGAUGCUAAACCAUAAUAUGUAUAGCACAUGGAGUGCCUGCACAAGCUGAUGUUUUGUAUUUUGUGUUCCUCUUUGCAUGAUCUGUUAAAGUGAGAUAUUUUUACCUACCUAAAAUAUGAUGUUUAAAAGCACACUCUAUGUGAUUUAUUUAUUUCUACCUUUCUGAGUCUCUUGGACUAAGAAGAUGUUUUGAAAUGUACCAUCAAAUGUUAACAGAGUUUGAUAUGGGGUUUCUCUUUGGUUUCUCAUCACAUUUGUAAAUGUCUUUUCAAAAGGAUUUACUUUUUAUAAAAAGCUUCAUUCUCACUCUGCUUUGCAUCCCCCAAACUUCUUGUUCAAAACGGGGGGAGUUUAGGAGACUUUAAUCCCGGUUUCAGAAGCUGCAGCUGGUCUGUUUCCAGGUCAGAAACCAUUGUUCAGAAGACCUCCCUGUGAGAGAGUUGCUCCUCAGGGUCCCUCAGGACCAAAGGACACUCAAAAAGAGCACUUCACACAGACAAGUGGCUAAGUGUCCAUUAUUUAUCGUGAACAAUCAGGGCAACUAGUGGAGAGAACUGAUUGUGAGCUCUGCCUCUGGGUCAAAGAGACCUGGAUUUGAGUCUGACAAGAACAAGAAAUGGUCAAUAAAUAUAAAUUACCAGCGUCUAAGGAACAAGGUCUAUGCAUUAUUGUAUACAGUGUCUCUAGUGCUUGUAUAGUGUCUGGUAUACAGAGGGCACUCCUAUGCAUUUUUAAAACAUGCUGAGCACAUAUUAUGUGCCAGGCUUUGUGUUUUAUCUAAUGUUAUCUAAUGGUAUUGUUGCCAUUAUGUAAUGUUGCCUUUACAACAACCUCAUGAGGGAGAUUUCCAUCUUUACAAAUAGGCAAACUGAGGCCCAGAGAGAUUGAGGAACUGCUCCAAGUUCUGAUUCUGGAAUGUGCUUCCUUUCUACUUUAUCAAUCUGCUCUUUGUACUCCUGUCUGAACGAUGGAAAUUAAUUUUUGAAUGUAUAAAAGACAACAGACUAUGAUACAGAAAUGUCAGCCCCAGCCCACUAAGAAAGCACCAGCCCAUCAGUGGCUAAUGGCUUUAAUAAAUUGGUCAUUUGGCUA